GACGGAGAGGGGGAACAGGAAGCACUGCCUUGGAAAUCAACUGAACUAGUACACGCCCAAUGCAGCUUUCCUGCUGAUUACUUCAAGUCUCGUGUGUUUACCCAGUUCAUCCAGCCUCGUGCAAAAUGGCAACCAGACCUCCCCUAUCGCCUCCGGCCAACCAGACGGAGUAUUCCGUCAGCCGCAUCACUCGAGAGGGAAAGAAACUCACAUACAAGCUCAAUGUGAUGCAGCAGCCUGAACGGGCCAGAGCAUGCGGUGCAGGCGCCAAAUCAUCCGCGGACCGUCGCCCUGUUGAUCCCCCACCCGUCGUCGAGCUGCGUAUCUUCGAGUCUGACCCGAACGACGACAUGCACCGGACGGACAUCACCUUCGCCUACAACGCCAAUUUCUUCCUGUUUGCGACGUUGGAAACCGCUCGCCCCAUCGCGCAAGGACGGCUUGCCCCGACCCCGACAUUCCCGGUUCUCACAGGUGUUCCAGUCGCAGGAGUCGCAUACCUGGAUCGCCCCUCUCAGGCGGGAUACUUCAUUUUCCCGGACUUGUCCGUCCGGCACGAAGGCGUCUACCGGUUGAGCUUUCAUCUAUACGAGGAGACCAAGGACAGCAAGGACGCGAGCGAGGGGGCUCGGAUUCAGUCCCCCAUGAUGACGGCGGAUCCGUUGAAGCCAUCGGCCCCGAAAUCGUUCCUGGAAUUCCGCCUCGAAGUCGUCUCGGUCCCGUUUACGGUUUUCAGCGCAAAGAAGUUCCCCGGAUUGACCUGCAGCACCUCCCUCAGUCGGAUCAUCGCAGAGCAAGGUUGCCGCGUUCGCAUUCGACGCGACGUCCGGAUGAGACGACGAGGAGACAAGCGCGCCGAGGAAUAUGACUACGAUGAAGACAAAUCUUACCACGGCCGAAUCCCUGACCGUUACUCAACGCCCGAUACUUAUGUCCCGAACCCUCUUGAGCGACCUCGAUCAACCAGUAUCGGCACCAUCGAGCAUGGGUUCCCUUAUGGCGCCGAACCCCCACGGCGGCCUUCUGUGACCGAGUACGGCUUCCCAACCACCCAGGUCUAUCAGCGCGCGAUUCCACCUGCGGCUGGGCCACCACAAUCGACACCAUCCCCGGCUAUCGCCGUCGGGCAUCCCGGUCACAACAUCACCUACCAGUCGCAUCUCUCGUUCGGCGCGACGCAGACACAAUACCCAGCCGCCCCGCAAAUACCCCGGACUCCUCAGUCUGCAACAACCCCGACACAUGUAUACGCCCCUCACCCAUCGUACCCGCACGCGAGGACCCUAUCAAUGAGCACCGAGUACGAUCCUGCUCCAUCUGUUUAUUCUUACCCCCACGCGCGGCCCGACCAUAUCCAGGCGCCAUUGCCGCCCAUGCGCUUGCCGCCAUCGACUCCGAAUGUGCAGCCCCCCGUGGAGCUGCGUCCUUCGGAUCCCAUCGCAUACCAAGCCGCGACCCAGCCCGUUGCGCUUCAAACCCAAUCUCCCACCAAUGCCGUGCCCUCCCUGCCGUCUCUAAAAUCCAUCUCGGGCGAAUUCCCGAAUAACAUCCCCCAGCACACCAACAAUGCUACGCGCAGUCCGAGCCUUGAACUGCCCGCGGGGAAGCGACCGCUUUGGGAGACUGGAUCGACCACCUCUUCGAAGCGGUCCUACGAGAAAUCGUUUGGCUACGACGAACGCCCCCUACACAACGGCAUGCGGAUGGACGCCGACAGCAUCUCCCCCAUGAGCCGGAGAGCGUCUGACGUCGUCCCCAUGGCCAUGGCCGUGACCAAGACGCGCAAUGAAGAAAUGGCGUACAAGCGAGCGAACGGAACGACGGUCACGCGACUACUGCCGUCCCUUGAGUAAAGCCAUGUCGGAGACGGAUUGAAGCAUUUGACCAUUGUUUGCACACGGCGUCCUGGCGCACGGGUCGCCCAUUUGGGGAUCUGUUC